AUGGCGCCCAGAUCAUCUCGCGCCAGUGGUGCAAACACAGAUACAGAUACUUCCAUGGUUGAUGUAGCAGAGCCUAUUACUCAACUUCCAGUGGAUCCAAUGGAUGUCGAUGAAACCCCAGAUUACACCGAAGAUUCAGAUACAAAUCCAAAUACCACAGCAAGUAGUGUCGUAGGAGAACCAACAGAUGGCCGGAAACGAAGAUCAGAAGCUACAUUGCUUCGUCGCAGUGUGUUUGGCAAGAAGCAUGAUAUACUGGGAGAAUCCAAAGAGGAUGAUUCCAUACGACGAUUUCGAUACCUACUUGGCCUGACUGAUUUAUUUCGACAUUUCAUCGAAACGAACCCCAAUCCAAGACUGAAGGAGAUUAUGCAUGAGAUUGAUCGUCAAAAUGCAGAGGGUGAUAAAGUCAAAAAGGGCCGUGAUAGGCAAGGAGGUGCUGGCAACGAACGACGUCGGAGAACCGAAGCAGAAGAAGAUGCAGAAUUACUCAAAGACGAAAAAGUUGGCGGAUCCGCUGAAACAGUGUUUAGAGAAUCUCCUGGAUUUAUCAAGGGUGGUGAGAUGCGUGAUUACCAAGUCGCAGGUCUCAACUGGUUGAUUUCUCUACACGAGAACGACGAGAUGGGUUUGGGCAAGACUUUACAAACGAUAUCUUUCCUCGGCUACCUUAGACAUAUUAUGGACAUUACCGGCCCUCAUUUGGUGGUAGUGCCAAAGUCUACCCUGGACAACUGGAAGCGAGAAUUUGCCAAAUGGACUCCUGAGGUUAAUGUUCUUGUACUCCAAGGUGCCAAGGAAGAGCGUCACCAGUUGAUUGCUGAUCGACUUGUGGAUGAGAAAUUCGAUGUCUGCAUUACAAGUUAUGAAAUGAUCUUGCGCGAAAAGUCACAUCUCAAGAAAUUUGCGUGGGAGUAUAUUAUUAUUGAUGAGGCCCAUCGUAUCAAAAAUGAAGAAUCAUCCUUGGCUCAAGUCAUUCGAUUGUUCAAUUCCCGUAAUCGUCUAUUAAUCACUGGAACUCCGCUCCAGAAUAACCUUCACGAACUUUGGGCGUUGCUUAAUUUCUUACUUCCGGACGUUUUCGGAGAUGCGGAAGCCUUCGAUCAAUGGUUCUCUGGCCAAGGUGCAGAUCAAGAUACUGUCGUCCAACAGCUGCAUAGGAUUCUCAGACCUUUCUUGUUACGACGAGUCAAGAGUGAUGUGGAAAAGAGUCUUUUACCCAAGAAAGAGAUCAAUCUUUACAUUGGCAUGUCUGAAAUGCAGGUGAAGUGGUAUAAGAAGAUCUUAGAAAAGGAUAUCGACGCGGUCAACGGAGCAGGGGGCAAGCGAGAAUCAAAAACGCGUCUUUUGAACAUCGUCAUGCAGCUGCGGAAAUGUUGUAACCAUCCAUAUUUGUUCGAAGGCGCCGAACCAGGACCUCCAUAUACUACCGAUGAACAUUUGAUCUUCAAUGCAGGAAAGAUGCUUAUGUUGGACAAACUGCUUGUCCGACUGAAGAAAGCAGGUAGCCGAGUCUUGAUUUUCUCGCAGAUGAGUCGUUUGUUGGAUAUUCUGGAGGAUUACUGUGUGUUCAGAGAAUUCAAAUACUGCCGAAUCGACGGUGGAACGGCCCAUGAAGAUCGUAUUUCGGCCAUCGACGAUUACAACAAACCGGAUUCUGAGAAAUUUGUCUUCCUACUUACCACCCGUGCAGGUGGUCUUGGUAUUAACUUGACAAGUGCCGAUAUUGUUGUACUAUUCGAUAGCGAUUGGAAUCCCCAAGCCGAUCUUCAAGCUAUGGACAGAGCUCAUCGUAUUGGUCAAACCAAACAAGUAGUCGUCUACAGAUUUGUUACGGAACAUGCUAUUGAAGAAAAGGUUCUCGAACGUGCUGCGCAAAAACUCCGCCUUGACCAAUUGGUUAUUCAGCAGGGUCGCGCACAAAUUGCCGCGAAAGCUGCUGCCAAUAAAGACGAGCUUCUCAACAUGAUCCAGCAUGGUGCUGAAAAGGUGUUCCAAAGCAAGGGUGGAAUUGGUGCUUUAGCGGAGAAGGGUGUGGAUGCUGACGAUGGUGAUAUCGACGAAAUUCUCAAGCAUGGUGAAAAGCGAACAGCGGAACUUAAUGCGCGGUACGAGAAACUUGGAAUUGAUGAUUUGCAGAAUUUCACCUCCGAGUCUGCCUAUGAGUGGAACGGUCAGGACUUUACCAACAAGAAAAAGGAGAUUGGCAUAAACUGGAUCAACCCAGCAAAGCGUGAAAGAAAGGAGCAGUCUUAUUCUAUGGACAAAUACUACAAGCAAGCGCUUUCGACAGGUGGACGUGUUGCAGACACAAAACCAAAAGCUCCUCGCGCACCGAAACAAGUCACGGUUCAUGAUUACCAGUUCUUCCCGCCACUUCUCCGCGAUUUACAGGAUCGCGAGACUGCUUUCCACCGCAAGGAGAUUGGUUACAAGGUCCCUCUGCCUGAAGGUACCGACGAAGAUCUCUCGGAACGUGAAGCUGAGCGUGCUCUGGAUCAAGAAGAAAUUGACAACGCCACACCACUCACUGCAGAAGAACAAGAAGAGAAGCAGACCCUUUCACAACAAGGAUUCGCCGAAUGGAAUCGUCGAGAUUUCCAACAAUUCAUUAACGGAUCCGCCAAGUAUGGACGCAAGAAUUUUCCAAUGAUUGCUGAGGAAGUCGACGGCAAGACUGAAUCAGAGAUCAAAGCUUAUGCGAAGGUGUUCUGGCAACGAUACACCGAGAUUGCCGAUUACUCCAAGUAUGUUGGUCUGAUCGAAGCUGGCGAGGAAAAGACUCGAAAGAUGGAGCAUCAACGGUUGAUGUUGCGAAAGAAGAUGCAGCAAUAUCGCGUUCCAUUGCAGCAGUUGAAGCUCAAUUAUUCGGUCUCCACUACAAAUAAGAAGGUAUAUACCGAGGAAGAGGAUCGAUUCCUGCUCGUGCUCUUGGACAAGUAUGGUCUCGACGGAGAAAAUCUUCACGAACGUAUUCGUGAUGACAUUCGAGAAAGUCCGCUCUUCCGCUUUGACUGGUUCUUUCUGAGUCGAACACCAAUCGAGAUCAGCAGGCGAUGCACAACUCUCCUUACAACCGUUGCUAGAGAGUUUGAAGAGGCUGCAGCCACUACCAAAGGCGCCAACGGAGCUGCGAAUGGUAAAGGCAAGAGAGAGCCCGAUGAUGACAUGAAUGAUGAGGACAGUGUCCUUGGUAUGCAGCCAGCGAAGAAGAAGUCUAAGAAUGGUGUAAAGAACAAAGCGCUUGAUAAUGUAAAGUCCGGAGCUGGCAGCAAGGCUACAUCAGCCGCACCCUCUUCUCGUGCUUCUAGUGUUGGAACAUCUGCCUCCAGUCCAGCCCCUCCAGCGAAAGGCGGAAAGGGCAAGAAAGGAGGCAAGAAGAAGUGA